AUGGCCCGAGAAGGUGAUAGUGUUGGGAUUAGCCCACUCCUCUCACUCCCUUUCUCAUCCGCGCAUCCCCACCGCACUCAUGCGCAGCCCACUGCUCUCACUCCCCUUCUCAUCCGCGCAUCCCCACCGCACUCAUGCGCAGCCCACUACUCGCACUCCCCUUCUCAUCCCGCAUCCCCACCGCACUCAUGCGCAGCCCACUCCUCUCACUCCCUUUCUCAUCCGCGCAUCCCCACCGCACUCAUGCGCAGCCCACUCCUCUCACCCCCCUUCUCAUCCGCGCAUCCCCACCGCACUCAUGCGCAGCCCACUCCUCUCACCCCCCUUCUCAUCCGCGCAUCCCCACCGCACUCAUGCGCAGCCCACUCCUCUCACUCCCCUUCUCAUCCGCGCAUCCCCACCGCACUCAUGCGCAGCCCACUCCUCACACUCCCCUUCUCAUCCGCGCAUCCCCACCACACUCAUGUGCAUCCCACCCCUCUCACUCCCCUUCUCAUCCCGCAUCCCCACCGCACUCAUGCGCAGCCCACUCCUCUCACUCCCUUUCUCAUCCGCGCAUCCCCCCCGCACUCAUGCGCAGCCCACUCCUCUCACCCCCCUUCUCAUCCGCGCAUUCCCACCGCACUCAUGCGCAGCCCACUCCUCUCACUCCCCUUCUCAUCCGCGCAUCCCCACCGCACUCAUGCGCAGCCCACUCCUCUCACUCCCUUUCUCAUCCGUGCAUCCCCACCGCACUCAUGCGCAGCCCACUCCUCUCACCCCCCUUCUCAUCCGCGCAUCCCCACCGCACUCAUGCACACCCCACUCCUCUCACUCCCCAUCUCAUCCGCGCAUCCCCACCGCACUCAUGCGCAGCCCACUCCUCUCACUCCCCUUCUCAUCCCGCAUCCCCACCGCACUCAUGCGCUGCCCACUCCUCUCACUCCCCUUCUCAUCCCGCAUCCCCACCGCACUCAUGCGCAGCCCACUCCUCUCACUCCCUUUCUCAUCCGUGCAUCCCCACCGCACUCAUGCGCAGCCCACUCCUCUCACCCCCCUUCUCAUCCGCGCAUCCCCACCGCACUCAUGCGCACCCCACUCCUCUCACUCCCCUUCUCAUCCGCGCAUCCCCACCGCACUCAUGCGCAGCCCACUCCUCUCACUCCCCUUCUCAUCCCGCAUCCCCACCGCACUCAUGCGCUGCCCACUCCUCUCACUCCCCUUCUCAUCCCGCAUCCCCACCGCACUCAUGCGCUGCCCACUCCUCUCACCCCCCUUCUCAUCCGCGCAUCCCCCCCGCACUCAUGCGCAGCCCACUCCUCUCACCCCCCUUCUCAUCCGCGCAUCCCCACCGCACUCAUGCGCAGCCCACUCCUCUCACCCCCCUUCUCAUCCGCGCAUCCCCAUCGCACUCAUGCUCAGCCCACUCAUCUCACUCCCCUUCUCAUCGGCGCAUCCCCAUUGCACUCAUGCGCAUCCUACCCUUCCCACCCCCAUACGCAUCCGCGCAUCCAACGCGCAUACCUCGAUGGCGUUUAA